CCUGUGUUCAUUGUGGUCAUGGGAGUGGCAAGUACCGGAAAGACCACACUUGCAAAGGCUUUGAACAGGAAAUUGGGCCUCCCAUACAUUGAGGGCGAUGACCUACACCCAAAGGGCAACAUCGAAAGGAUGUCGAACGGCAUUCCACUCAAUGAUGCGGACCGCGAGCCGUGGCUUGAGAUCAUCCGUACGACCGCCGAGCACAUGGUCGCCGAGCAACAGGGCAAGUCGUCCUCAGAUAACUCGUCGCAACGCGUUGGCGUCAUGGUCACCUGUUCCGCGCUGAAGCGCUACUACCGCGACAUCCUUCGCGGCAGAUGUAAGGCACAAGGCGUGCCGAAGCAUCUCGAGUCUGCGAUGCCGGCACGGCUCGCUACGUAUUUCGUGUACAUCAAGGCACAAGAGGCGUUGUUGCGGGAGCGGAUAGUCGAUCGUCAGGGGCAUUUCAUGAAACCCCAGAUGCUCGACAGCCAACUCGCGACGCUCGAGAGUCCCGAAGGCGAGGGCGGGGUUGUGGUGGUGCCGUUGGAUAAGACGACGGAGGAGCAGGUGGACAUUGCAAUAGAAGAGUUGAAGAGGUUGCUCGGCGAAUUAGACUUCCGGACUGUCGAAGACCGGAAGGACGGAGAGCCGGAGGAAAUCGCGGUACCUGAAGAUGUUGUGCAUGGCAAGUGACUGUAAUUUAAU